AUGCGUCAACGCAGUCGCAUGCAGCAGAUCCAUGGCGAUGACCACAAUCCCGUGCCCGAAUUUACUCGCGACACCAUUCGUUCAGUGAGGGCUUCAUGGGAGUUCUUUCUAGCAUGGCUUCGGCUCACUUGGUUUGACAUUUUGGUCAUGUCCGCGUUGGGCGGUGCCGCUCUCGGCAUCUACAAUGCUCCUCUGGCAGCAGUUCGUAAUUUCCCUAUCACUUUCAACGGCUCGGGUGAUAUUGUCUAUCCGCAAUUCGCAUAUCCGGACCGCGGCUGGAUUAUCGACACCUGGUUAUCCGCACUGCUAUCCGCCAUCAUCCCAAUCGUUGUGAUUAUACUGGCUCAAUUCCGAGUAAGGAGCAUCUGGGACAUGAACAACGGCAUUAUUGGCCUCAUAUUUUCAAUCUCACUUGGAACUUUGAUUCAGGUUGUCAUCAAGCAACUCAUUGGCGGAUUUCGACCCUACUUCCUCGCAGUUUGUAUGCCAGAUAUCUCUCGGGCAGCCACCAACAAUGUGACCGGGCUCAACGCCGUGGGCUUCCAACAGGUCAUGUACUCGGUUGACGUCUGCACUCAACCGGACCCAAUCAAGUUAAAAAAUGCUAUGACAUCCUUCCCCUCCGGCCACUCCACCGCCGCAUUUGCAGCCUACGUCUAUCUAUUCUUGUACCUAAACGCCAAGCUGAAGGUGUGGGCCGACUAUCGCCCUGCUCUCUGGAAGAUCGCCUUUACCUUCGCUCCACUCCUUGGGGCAUUGCUUAUCGCCUGUUCUCUAACCAUUGAUCAGGCUCACAACUGGUAUGACAUAGUAGCUGGAAGUGCCAUUGGAAUUGCUGUGGCGUUUGGCUCCUACCGCGGAUGUUACGCCGCUAUUUGGGAUUGGCGCUUCAACCAUAUCCCCCUUCAGAGACGCGAUCAACUAGACUAUUUCCCAGAAGACGGUACAGAGUACCGGGACUUGGUGUUCACAAGAUCUGGUGGAUGGGGACAAACGAGCGAAGAAACGUCAGAGAAGCGCACUCCUAGCGGGCGAAGCAGCAGUUCCUACGCAACUCAACAGACUGCUUACCAUGGUGUAGCGGAGAGAGAGUCUCUGCCCCAUCAGCCAACACGUACACGAUAUAAACAGCAUAGAAACUCUCAACGGGAGGAUCGCGCAGUUUGA